GGCAAGGGCUUCACGUUUGCAGAAAGCCCUGAAAUCUGUGUAUAAUUCAUUUCAGGAAUCCUCUGCGUGUCGUCGCCAUCCAAACCUCGGUGGAGAAACCAAAUUAAAGGUUAGCCCAAAACCAUAUAAAUAUCGCACUCUGUUGUUGAUUACCGGUAUGAAGGUGUAGUGUUAUCUGAAGAAAAGCUCGAGAUCUAGUACAGUCUUUGGAAGAUCAGAGAUGGAUGGCGAGAUGAGCGAGGACGUGCUCACGGAGAUCCUCGCGAGGCUGCCGUGCAAGUCGCUGGCGCGGUCCCAGUGCGUGUCCACGUCGUGGCAGCGCAUCAUCUCCAGCGACUACCUCCGUCGGAGGCUGCGGCUCAUCACGUCGGGGGUGCUCUUCCACGACGGCCCGCGCGGUGGUGACGGUGGCAGGAAGCAGGCGUACACGUACGCGUGCGCGUCGGACGGCGGCGGCGUCGCAGAGGCUGCCGACAUGAGCUUCUUCCCGUGCCACGACACGUCGACCAUCAUCGACGGGUGCAACGGCCUGCUGCUCUACUACGCGUCGUACCCGACGGCGUUCCACGUCGUGAACCCGACCACGCAGCGGUGGGCGGCGCUGCCGGCGGCGCGCGGGAAGACGCUGCUCUCCGUUCUGGCGUUCGACCCCAGCGCCUCACCGCACUACAAGGUGGUGUGCUUCACCGGGUGGCUCCCCCGGGGCGCGUCCAUCGAGGUGUUCGACUCCGAGGCCGGCGCGUGGCGGGAGCACGAGGUCGACUUCGGGCUCGACACCAAUGCCAUGUCAGCCACCAUGCACUGCUUCGGCGGCGCGCUCCACGUGCUGGCCUACUCGGGCCACGUCGUCCGCAUCGACCUGGACACCAUGGCGUGUGCGGUCACCGCGCUCCCGGCGCCAGUGAGCUGCCGGGCGCGCGCCGGGCACUGCCGCGGCCGGCUUCGUUACGCGUCCAGCGACGGCUCGCGCCUCAGAAUCUGGGAGCUCAGGGACGCGGGCGGAGGCGAUUGGGCAAUGAAGCACGAGAUCGGAGUCAAGGACGUCAUCGCUGACGAGCAGAUCUACGGUUCGAGCCAGGCCGUCACCUUCCUGUUCAUGGCGUUCCACCCGGAGAGGGAGGUGGUGUACCUGUGGGCACCCUGGAAGCUUUUGGCGUUCGACAUGGUUGAGAGGCGCGUUGAGGAGGAGUGGAUGUUCGGGUCGGAGAAAGAAGGCGCGCAUCUCAUACAGAUCUGGUUGUUUCCCUUCUCGCGCCAUUUGGCCAACUGCCUAGCCUGAUAGAUUGGCUGGCUGCGCUGAGAAUGGCACGGGGGCCCGUUGCCUAUCGACAAGAAUGUGGUUGCAUCCAAGUGUACAAGAUUGUUGCAAGGACCAAACGAAAAUCCAAAUAUAGGAAAACUGAAAUUACCUGGAAUAUAUGUUGUUAUAUUUACGAUCACAAUAUAGGAGUAGGUUGUUGUUGGGACUGUUCACCUGUAAUGGUUUGUAUGCGAGGUAUUGUUUAUAUUUUAACUUUCUAGUAUUGUUUGUGAAUAUAUUUGGUUCAAGUUAAUUUGAUAAAGAAAA